AUGCUUGGUUUUAACACGGCAGGCAACAUUACAUGUCAACACAUUGCAUCUUUUUUCCUGGUUGGUAUUCCUGGGUUGGAAAACUUUCACUGCUGGAUUGGCAUCCCUGUCUGCCUCCUGUUUGUCCUGACCCUGCUGGGGAACAGCGUAAUCAUAGCUACUAUCAAGCUAGAGCCGAGCCUCCACCAGCCUAUGUAUUUCUUCCUUUGCAUGCUGUCGGUGAAUGACAUGUGUCUUGCCACUUCUGCAACUCUGAAGAUGCUUGGCAUCUUCUGGUUUGAUGCACAUUGGAUUGACUUUGAUGCCUGUCUAACACAAAUGUAUUUUAUCCACACGCUCUGCAUCAUGGAGUCGGCCAUCCUAGUAGCGAUGGCAUUCGAUCCCUUUGUGGCCAUUUGUAUCCCCCUUCAUUAUCCAAGGAUCCUGACAACAUCUAUGAUGACUAAACUAGGUCUGCUUGGCCUGGUCAGAGGUGUGCUCAUGGUCUUACCAUGUCCUCUUCUCACUAAGAGGCUGCCCUACUACACAGGCUAUGUCAUCCCUCAUGCCUACUGUGAGCACAUGGCUGUGGUGAAGUUGGCCAGCGCCAACACUCUCAUUAACAGAGUGUAUGGCAUCUCAGUGGCCCUUUCAGUGAUAACAGUGGACCUAGGACUCAUAGCGACAUCCUACAUAAAAAUCCUCCAGGCAGUGUUCCGGCUUUCUUCCCAGAAUGCCCGCUCUAAAGCCCUGGGCACCUGUGCUGCGCAUGUCUGCACCAUGCUGGUCUCCUAUACACCUGCACUGUUUAGCUUCCUAACUCACCGCGUUGGCAAGAAGGUGCCCCCCAGUGUUCACAUCAUUGUUGCGAGUGUGUACCUCUUAGUACCUUCCGCAGUUAAUCCAGUGGUGUACGGUGUCAAGACCAAACAGAUUCGUGAUCGGCUCAUAGAUCUGUUUUUUACACACAAGAAACUUCCUGAAAUGUAA